AUGGGUCUCUUUCAAUCCAGCUGGACCACUCUGCUGGCUAAUGUCUUGAUUCCUGUGGGCAUUCUCACCUUUUCAUCCGGGUUCUUCCCCUAUAAACCACUCCUUUCGGGCCUUGCGACAUUCGACGAGGGUGAUCAGGAUGCCACGUCUGCAGUCUUUGAUAAAGUUGUGUUUAUGGUGGUAGACGCAUUGCGCAGUGACUUUGUUUAUUCUAACGAGUCUGGAUUCUUGUUCACGCAAAGUCUUAUUCGAUCGGGUGUGGCAUUGCCCUUUACUGCCCAUGCCAGCUCUCCGACGGUGACCAUGCCUCGAUUGAAGGCCAUGACCACCGGCUCUGUUCCGUCAUUCCUAGAUGUGAUCCUCAAUAUCGCCGAGUCAGACACCUCGUCGACUCUUGCGUCUCAGGACACCUGGCUAGCCCAAUUGAAAGCCCGCGGAGAUCAACUCGUCAUGUACGGGGAUGAUACGUGGCUUAAACUUUUCCCUGGCAUGUUUGGUCGAGCCGAUGGUACUACUAGCUUUUUUGUAUCGGACUUUGUGGAAGUAGACCAGAAUGUAACCCGUCAUGUUCCUACCGAGCUUGCACAAAGUGACUGGUCAGCUAUGAUCAUGCAUUACUUGGGUUUGGAUCAUAUUGGCCACAAGGCAGGGCCUAGAAGCUCGUACAUGAUACCAAAACAGCAAGAGAUGGACGCGAUAGUCAACGAAGUUUACACCGCAAUCCAGCAACAGCCACAUCUCCAGUCUACCCUGUUCGUCUUAUGCGGUGACCAUGGUAUGAACGAUGCCGGAAACCAUGGCGGUGCAUCGGCCGGCGAGACCUCCCCAGCACUGCUCUUCAUAUCGCCCAAAUUCGAGGCCCUGGGGGUCCGCCAAGAAAGCCCUAUCGAGGCUUUUGAUGAUCUACAGUACUAUCGCACAGUCGAGCAAGCAGAUAUUACACCAACCUUGGCAAGCCUUCUCGGGUUGCCGAUUCCCCUCAACAGCCUAGGGGUCUUUAUUCCCGAGUUCCUAGAUAUGUGGGAUUCCAGACCCCAGCAAAUCCAAAUGUUAUCUCGUAAUGCACGUCAACUCUUGAACACCGUCCAGGCUACGUUCCCCGGCUUUGCAUUUGACCAAGAGGCCAUUGCAGGAAGCUGCGCGACGGGAGCAGACUCUGGAAUUGAAGGUGCACAGUGCGCAUGGUCUCAAGUCCUCCAGCUUUCUUCUGGCGACAUCACGAAUGAUGAGACUUCGUCCGCCCUGGAAUCAGCGUUGCUUCGGUUUUCGCGAAUUGCCCAAGACGUGAUGAGUAGCACCGCUAGCAACUACAAUAUUUCCAAGCUUUGCCUCGGAUUGGUGAUCACUGGCGUUGCAGCUCUUCUGGUCUUCCCCAGCACCUAUUAUGAAUGUGCGCGGUCGACGUACACUGGUGUGUUCCUUGCUUUUAUGAUCGUUGGAUAUGGAAGUAUGAUGUUCGCGAGCAGUUAUGUGGAGGAGGAGCAACAGUUUUGGUAUUGGAUUUGCUCCGGGUGGAUGUUCUAUCUGCAUAUUCGCUCGCAAUCGCCGAGAACAGGAUCUUCCCCAACCACCGGAGGACUUUUCCUUCGCGGUAGCAAGUUGGCCACUCUUGGACUCGCUGUUGCCCAGAGAGUUCUUCGGCGCUGGAAUCAAACUGGCCAGAAAUUCGCAGCUGAACCAGACAUCGCGCGCACUUUCUUCCCAGCCCACCCAGCCGUUUUCUGGGGUCUCUUCAUGUUCACAUAUGCAGAUGCGGGCUAUCAUCUUCUGCAAAGCCUCCCACCUGCUGCUGUGCUGAAGCUUGGUGGAGUGGCUCUAACAGCCUUGGCCUUCAUGUUCAAGCUGAACUUCGUAGCAAACGACUCUCCGGAGCUCCUGGUGGACUCCUUCUUAUCGAAGACCGCAGAGAACUGGCCCGAAAGUCUGUCACUGGUUUUGCAGGCGAGGCUCGUUUUUGGAGGGCUCGUGUGUUGUGCAGUUCUGGCGAUUGGGGCUCGAUAUCGCCCGAGUACAAAGCGUGUAGUCUCGAAUACGCUCCUCCACGAGGCCCUUCAUCUGUUCUUGAUGACCCAAUCUCGAGCCACCAACAUUCCCCUAUUCCUCGUUUUCCGCGUCGCUGCCCUGAUUCUGUCUUCGAUGAGACUCACGGGGAUCGAAGUGACCAUCACGACAUUGAUCCUCCAGUACACUACCUUCUUUGCAUUUGGAGGUUCGAACGCGAUCUCCUCCGUCGACCUUUCCAGUGCCUACAACGGCGUUGGCAGCUAUAGCGUGGUGAUGGUUGGCAUUCUGACGUUCGUCAGUAACUGGGCAGGCCCAAUCUGGUGGGUUUCAGCAGGCCAUUUGCUUCGACCCCAGGAUAGCUUGGAGGAUCACAAUUCAGCCUCGUUGCUGACUUUCCACGUCGCCACCUCACUGAUGUCCGUCAUGGCAGCAUGUACUGCCCUGAGGACACACCUGUUCAUCUGGACAGUAUUUUCGCCCAAAUAUCUGUACACGAUGGCGUGGGCGACCGCCAAUCAUGUUGGAGUAAAUUUGCUGGGAGGUGCCGGCCUCUCUUCUCUUCGAUCUCGGAAAUGA